AUGCAUGGUGGUAAGACCACGCAAGAGCCACCAUCUCCACAGGAUGCAGAAAAGCAGCGAAAGACCGUAACCGCUAGCCAUACCGAAGUUGAAGACAAAGUGCAGGAGGAGGCUGUCAAAUCCAACACUUCUGCUACCCAGGAAGACCCCGUGGAACCCCCUAGAACUUCACAGGACUAUCACGACACAACUACCUUACCGUUUUCGGAGCGGAUAAGGAAGCCGGUGGCCGAUGAACAAUUCGGCAAAUUCGUCGAGGUGCCCACGUAUGCCAAGUAUAUCAAGGAUAUUCUUGGAAACAAGCGGACACUGCUCACCACCGAGGUCGUGCAGUUAACUGAAGAGUGUAGUGCUGCCAUACUUUAUCCUCUCCUGGUGAAGAAGAAAGACCCAGGCUGCCCCACCAUCACUUGCUCGAUCGGGGCCCAACACUUUUCGAACGCCCUCUGCGACUUGGGAGCAAGACUAGUAGUCCAAACGGUCCGCUACCCUGCGGGAAUAGCAGAGAAUAUUUCGGUGAAAAUCUGGAAUUUCUUCAUUCCCGUCGACUUCAUCGUACUCGACAUGGAAGUCGACACCAAGACGCCGCUCAUCCUGGGCAGGCCAUUCUUGAGUACAGCAAACGCCCAUAUUGAUGUCGAAGCUGGAGAAAUUCAGCUCAACAUCAAUGGACAGAAGGAGAAGUUCGCCUUCAAAUCGAAGGUCGAACAAUGA